CUAAUAAGUUGAUGUAGAGUUGCAAAUUUUUACGAACAUAAAUCGUUUAACAUUUUGAUUCAUUUGAAUACUUUGAUUCCAACAAUGUUGAAAACAAUGGAUGUAUAUCCCACUAACGCCGAACUCCAGAAGAUGGGAGAAUGGGAGCGGAAAUCUAUAUGGAAGAAGAUGCCAAAGAUGGAGCUUCAUAUGCAUGGAGACAUUGCAUGCCCUGUUAAUAAGUUAAUUGACAUAUAUAACGAUUAUGCGGAUGAAAAUGAUCGUCUAACCGAACAAGAUAUCUUGCAAAAUAUUAUAUGUAAUUACAAAAUUAAGGAUUUAGUGGAAUUCAUCGAUAAGACACGUAUGAUAUGUAAAGUUUUUGCAAACAAUUCAAAAAUCCUCGAACGCUCAUCUAAGGAAGCUAUUCUUGCUAAAUACAGGGAAGGUGUAGUGGGAUUGGAGUUCAGGUUUUCCCCGGCUUACCUUGCCGAAGGAUGUGGUUAUUCGUAUGAUGAGGUGGUUAAUGAUGUUCUGUCUGGUAUGGAGCAAGCUAAAAAACAAAUAAAGACACCAUUCGAGGUUGGAGCAAUAUAUAUUGGUGAGAUAGGUAUCCAUGAUCAGUUCCCGUUUUCAGAAUCAGUUGAUUACUUUUUCAAGCAUCGUGACAAAUUUAUUGGUUUUGACAAUGCGGGAUAUCCUGCCGACUUUGCACCAUUUGCGGAUCAAUUCAAGCGUCUUGUAGAUGCCGGCGUUAAUCUCACUCUUCAUGCAGGAGAAACGCCACCUGAUUGUAAUGAACGUUUGGCAAUGGCUCUUGACUUUGGUGCCAAACGUAUAGGUCAUGGUAUUGAAUGUGCCAAAUCACCCGAAAUGAUGAAGAGGUUGAUAGAUGAGGAUGUUAUACUAGAGGUUUGUCCAAAGUCGAAUUGGAUUACCAACCCAUCAAUUAAUAUGUCGGAUCACCCAAUUAGGAAGAUAUAUGAUGCUGGUGUUAAGGUGUGUAUCAAUACCGAUGAUCCUAUGAUGAUGACCAACAGCCUACACGAGGAAUAUGAUCUGCUGUUCACCCAUUUAGGAUUUGGAUAUGCAGAUUUCGUUAAGAUGAAUACAUGGGCAUUAGAAAAGUCAUUCCUUAGCAAAGAGGCAAAAUUGACCCUCAAGAAAGCAUACUUCCCUAACGCAAACAUAUAAUGCAAACGUUUGCACAUCACUAUAUACGCUAUCUAUGUAU